AUGUCAGGCAGACCAUUCUUGCUAAUUCACACAUUCAAGGAUAUAUCAAAAUUCAGAGAAGGAGAUCGUGACUAUAGUGAUAUUGAAGUACGAUACAACAUUCCAUGGAGACUGCGCAUUUUCAAGAAAGAAGGAUUUCUCGGUUUAAAACUGUACUGUGAAAAAGAGGAGUGUAUUGAGACGAAAAAGUGGACGUUUAAAACGAAAUUCACUAUGAAACUAGUAGCUGUUGGUGGGAAAUUUUUCCGACGGACUGUACAAAAUGAAUUCCCAAAACCUGAAGGACAUGGAAUGGAUAAAUUCAUCAGUUGAGAGAAUAUGCAAAGAGAUUAUGUGGAUAAUGAUAGUAUUAUCAUUGAAAUUUAUGCCAAUAUUGUUCACAGUACAGGCUUCUUCGAUAUCAAAUAUAAGAUUAAACAUAUUUAUUAUUUUUACUCCUCAUUAAAAAUUUUCAGAUCUUCCAUCUUCGCAAUCAGAUUUCAAUAAUUCAUUUCUUCUUAAACAUACUUUCAAUAACAUAUCCAAAUUUGUGGAGAGAGACAGUGAUUACAGUGAUGCAGAAGAUCAUUACAAUAUUGCAUGGAAAAUCCGAAUACUUAAAUAUGAAGAAUGUCUGGGGAUCUACCUGGACUGCCAAAAAGAAAUUUAUGAAGGGAGGAAAUGGUCAAUAAAAUGCGAGUUCAAAUCUAGUUUGAUUUCUGCAAGUGGGAAAUUUUAUUCAGUACAGUACACGGAUGUUUUUGAUAAUCGAGAUUCGAGCAUGGGAAGCAGUACGUUUAUCAGUUGGAUUGAUAUGGAGAAAGAAUAUGUGACCAAUGACGACUGUAUUGAUGUUACAAUUCAUGCGAAAAUAAUCAGUAUCACAGAUGAGCCAUGUGAGAUGAAAACAUUUGCACUAUCCCAUACUAUCAAGAACAUGUCGAGUAUUAGAGAAGGAGAGGACUACGAUACGGACACUCAAUAUCGUUUCAACAUUCCAUGGAGUUUGAAAAUUCUAAAUCGAAAUGAGUUCUCUGGACUAUUUAUCCGAUGCGAAAAACAACUAUGUAAAUCCAGGAAAUGGUCAAUUGAAACUGAAUAUCAAUUGAAAAUAGUGUCACCCAAUGGGAGAAGUGAACUGUUUGGAGGAACAUAUGUGUUUGAUAACCCUAACAUAUACGGAUGGCAUAUUAUAAGAUGGAGCAGUUUGGAGGAUAGAUACAUUGUCAACGACACUCUCACAGUUGAAGCCCAAGUAACUAUUGUCAAAAUGACCGGAAUUGAAGAUGAAACACCUAUUGAAAAACCAUCUGGAAUUGUAAUUCCAGUGGGAAAUCAGGAAUUUUCUCUAGAGAGGUGGAUGGAAAUGGCAUUCGAUCAUUAA